GGGGGUUCUGGUUCUUGGGAAAUUUUAUUUGGGAACAGUCGGAUUUUAGGGUUUGGGUUAGCUUAAGUGAAUCUUGGUUGGUUAAUCGUUUUUUUGUUUCUCUUUUGGCGCAGUGAGAUUGCACGAUGAGAGAGAGAGAGAAGGAGAAGGCAAGCUGGAGAACAGAAUCUUCGUGGGAGGAUUAUCGCGGGACGUCAAAGAGAGACAGCUCGAGCACACUUUUGGCCGCUUCGGCAAAAUCGUCGAGUGUCAGGUCUCCGAUCCGCUUUUCUAAAUCAGAUGCCUUAUGUUCCUUGAGUCUUCGUUCUUUGCUUGGUCCUGCAUUGUUGUUGUCUUGUUUGCCGAGUGGUUCGAAGGACAAUUGGAAAUUUCAGAGACCCAUGUUCGAAUCUGUGUUUUGGAGUGAACCAUGGAUCUGGGAAUGUAGGAGCUUUGUCUGGAUGAAACCCAAAAUACCUCAGUAACCAAUCCAUGAUCGAACCUGGUGGUCACUAAGAUAUUUCAACUGUUGCAGCCAAGCAUGUUUAUUUUUGUGUUGCUAAAACAUCAAUCAGGGCAGUGCCAUAUGCAUGUAGCUGGAGCUGGUUUCCCUCCUGCCCUUUUGAUUUGAUUGAGGUACCGCCUUCAGUAGUAUCUCUGAAAUGGUCUCUAUGAGAUCAUUUCGCUAUGCCCUCGAAGUACCAUUGGCGGGAUAUUGAAGCAUUUCUAACUAAUUAAUAUUGAUGGAAAGGAACUCACGAGAUGAUAAAUGGUUGCCUGGUUGGUCUAUAAAUGUCAUGUUCAGAAUGCCGGCCUUUCUUUUAGCGGACUUAGCUUGAGAAAUGAUGUUAUGACACUCAUUGUUGUGGCCGUAUAAAGUUGGAGACAAGAAACAAGGUACAGGCAGAUCAUUGCUUUGUGACAUUGUGGUAUGUGAUUAUGAAGACUUCAAAAGAGCAACUGCUGCAUUGUAGUGAUGAGAGCACUGAGAAGGAUAUUUGAUAUUCGUUUUCUGAUGAUUAUUCUGCAUCAGUAUUAUAUUCCUACUAAGUCAGUAAUAUGGUAGAAGAUCACCCGUUAUCAGACGAAAGAGUCUUGCUAUUCGUCUAUUUGCUUGAGAAUUUUUCUGAUUGUGCCACUUCUGCUGCAUUCUAUAACAAACGGUAACAUCAUGGUGGAGAAAGAGACAGGUCGUUCACGUGGAUUUGGAUUUAUCACAUUUUCCGACCGCCGAGGAGCAGAUGAUGCAAUUAAGCAUAUGCAUGGGAGGGAGUUUGGUGAAAGGGUCAUCUCUGUGAACAAAGCCGAACCCAAGAUUGGGGGAGAUGAUUUAGAUCAUUCUCAAAGAGGGGGUGCUGGCUACUCAUCUCGUGGCAAGGUUAGCUAUAGGGGAGGAGCACCCGCCAUAGCUGAGGACGAGUGCUUCAAGUGUGGACGGCCUGGCCAUUGGGCCCGAGACUGCCCAUCAAUUGGUGCCGGGCAAAGCGGUCCAAGAGAUUUGUUAUCAUUGCGUUCUAGAUCCGGUGAAUUCAAUGGAAAUGGACGCCGAGAUCAUCACUUUGGAGAUCGUGAGCACUUCUGGGAACGUGAUCGUUACGUGGAUGAACGAUAUGGUGGUGGAACCUAUAAUGUCAGGGACCGUUUAGAGAGGGGAGACAGAUAUGGACGAGCUCGUGAUCAAUAUGAAUUCGAAAGGUACGCCGUGCCACCUGGAGAUCGGUUAGGGGGGGAUAGGUAUGGCGGGUCGGAACGAUAUGGCGGGAAAGUGAGAGGGUACGAGAGGGAUUCUUACGCGAGGGGGAUGAAUGACAGGUACGGUGGGGCAGCGAGGCCAACACCACGGGAUGAGGGGAGAGGCCAGAGAGCUCGGCCUGGUCCUUACAGCCGGCCGAGCCGGGCUGUGGAACGAGCCUCUUCGUUUGAUCGUUGGUAGGUGAAUGAAAAAUGACAAGAAAAGAAAUUGCCAACCAAUGGAACCUUUCUUUUGGAUUUUGUGAAUUGGGUGAAUAGAAAUCCGAUUCUACAUCUGAUGUUUUGUUUUGUUUGUGUUUUGAGAUUACCGUAAUCAGAUGAUUAGUCUCCGGUCUAUGCAUAUCGUAUGUAUAGAUAUUGUUGAA